GUGCAGGAGGCCUUACUUCAUGUACGUCGAGCUGAACGCGCACCUGCAGCUGCGCACUGGUCGUUUGGCUUCGCCCUGGACAAGCAUAACGGACUCAGAGGUCUGGACGGCAAGAGGCUCAUCCGCCUGGUCUGCACCUUCUGGAAGUUUUUCUUCGGCGGUCUACUUCGGAAGCCGAGCAGCCAUGAGUGCGAGUUGAACUUCGAUCCGACUUGUCACGGCUACUUGGCGCACCGCAGGCGAGAGGACGCGAUGAUGGUCACUCGUUGUGUGGGAUAUGCUCUCAGACAGAAAGGCCUUCGCAGUGUCUCGGAAUUGCUGGAUAUGUCGAACGCUUUCGCUUGCACGCCACUCGAGUGGCUGGAUGAGGCAGUGGAGGAGCUGGCGGAGCCGGUGGACUGGGCCCUGCUGCACGACAGGAUACAUCAUCACAUCGUGGAGGUCGAGGCGCGUGGCGAGGCAUUACAUUUCGCCCUCGGACGCGGUGGUCUCAUGGGGACCUGUGAGGCGCCCAAGGAGUUUGCCGUGGCAUUUCGAAGACCCGUACAACAAUGGCGUGCUGAGUGUGCUGCUCAGGACGACCUCCUCCUAUUCAAGACACCUAUACUGGAGCUACCUGUUUCAUGCGCCGUGGUGCAGUUCGCUGACGAUUUGAAGAAACGCCACGUCAUCCUGUCUGGUUUGGCUACCGACGCACACGCAAUCAUCGAGGAAAGCCAGACGUUGCUAAUCACGGAGCUCGAGAAGGGGGGCUUCAAACAGAACAUGAAGAAGCGCGAGAUGGUCUCCGAGCUCAAACCUUCUGAAAACUUGAAGUUUAAAGCACUACUCAAGCCUGGGUCUGGAAAGAUACUACCACAUGCACGGCAUCUUGGUGGAAGAUACGUAUGGAACGACAACGCCAGUGUCGAGGUCGGCUACCGCAUUGACGCUUUAAAAAAAGGAUGGGCUGUCAUGGGCAGAUUUUGGUUCGCCAAGAGUCCUCACAAACUACGACGACAGCUCUUUCUGGGCAAGGUAGUGGGGGCUGCUCUCUCUGGCAUGUGCCGCUACGUACUCAGCGAGUCGGAACUUCAUCGUCUGGACGUUCAGAUUUGCAAGAAGUUGAGAGUGAUGGAAGGUGGAUCGCAGGUGGCACACGACACACAUGUCAAAGUUCUCACGAACAAGCAACUCAUGAAGCGCUGGGGAGUUGUGCCCUCAAAGGCGGCUCUGGCCAUGCAAAGGAUACGCUGGCUACAAGAUAUGGUGCGGCAUCCUCUGGCUCAUCAACAGGUUAUUGCAGCUCUCUGGGGACACUUGGAGGACGAGCCCUCGCCGAUCGACAUCGAAGGGAAGCUGACGGUGAGCACCAGCCCGUUCGCCAGGCAGUUCACCCGCGACCUCAUGCUGUUGGAGGGCAUCAGCGGCACGGAGGAUUUCUUCGAAGAAUGGGCGCUGGUCGGCAGGGCUUGGCAAGAGUUAUGGAGCUGCGAGGAGGUGAACAAUGCUUUUUUGAAAGUUGAUGCGAAGCUGCUGGAGGUGUCACUCAUGAGGGAAGAUCAGAUAUGGAAAAAACUUGCACCCAGAGCCAAGGAGUCGGAGGAGCCUGAGGGGGAGUUCGUGUGCGACCUGACCGACUCGCAGGGCGCCGUUUGCGGCCUGUGUUUUGAUUCCUUGAAGAAGCUGGUCGCGCAUAUGACGAAGGCCCGCGGCGGGUCUCACGGCGUCAUGUGCCCGCUUAGAUGCUGCGUGAUUGCGAACCAGUGCUUGAACUGUGGCAGCCU